UUGAAUUGAAUCUGACCGCUUUUAUUUUUUAGCUGCACAGUAUUUGCUGCGUUCAUUCAAACGUUAGCCUCUAGUUUGAUUGGUUUGCAUUCGAUAAAUACAUUUAUUUGCCACUCAAGAAACGCUCAGUGACUUCUAGGAGUCUGGAAUUAUUCAAACCAAGUAAUUAAAAUGUCGAGGAGACGACAUAGCGACGAGAAUGAUGGUGCACAGCCUCAUAAGAGGAGGCGUACCUCAGAGCCCAUUGAGAUCGAAGACCGUCUGGAGUCACUCAUCUGCAGAGUUGGAGAGAAGAGCACCUCAUCUCUGGAGAGUAAUCUGGAGGGGCUGGCAGGGGUGCUGGAAGCGGACCUCCCCAACUAUAAGAGCAAGAUCCUGCGCAUCCUCUGUUCUGUGGCUCGUCUGCUCCCAGAGAAGCUGACUGUGUACACCACACUGGUCGGGCUGCUGAAUGCACGGAACUACAACUUCGGAGGAGAGAUGGUGGAGGCAAUGAUCCGCACACUCAAAGAGACGCUGAAGGCCAACCUGUUUGAUGAGGCCGCCUACCUGGUGCGUUUCCUAUCUGACCUGGUGAAUUGUCACGUCAUUGCUGCUCCCUCCAUGGUGGCCAUGUUUGAAAACUUUGUGGCUGUCAUUCAAGAAGAGGAAAUACCCCAGGUGCGUAGUGACUGGUUUGUGUAUGCAGUGCUGUCUUCUCUACCUUGGGUGGGGAAGGAGUUGUAUGAGAAGAAGGACGUGGAGAUGGACCGUCUGCUCAACCAGAUAGAGGCCUACCUCAAUGGGAGGCAGAAGACCCAUGUACCCAUGCUGCAGGUGUGGAGUGCUGACAAACCACACCCACAGGAAGAGUAUCUUGACUGUUUAUGGGCUCAAGUUCAGAAGCUGAAGAAGGAUCGUUGGCAGGAGCGUCACAUCAUGCGUCCGUACGUGGCCUUCGACAGUGUGCUGUGUGAGGCGCUACAGCACAACCUGCCCCCCUUCACCCCGCCCGCACACACCUCUGACGCCUGCUACCCAAUGCCCCGCGUCGUCUUUCGCAUGUUCGACUACACUGACGCCCCUGAGGGUCCUGUGAUGCCAGGGAGUCAUUCGGUGGAGCGGUUUGUGAUUGAGGAGAAUCUGCACUGCAUCAUCAAGUCUCACUGGAGGGAGAGGAAGACCAGUGCUGCCCAGCUACUCAGCUAUCCUGGCAAGAACAAGAUCCCGCUGAACUACCACAUAGUUGAGGUGAUCUUUGGAGAAUUGUUCCAGCUCCCACUCCCCCCCCACAUAGAGGUGAUGUACACGUCCCUGCUCAUUGAACUCUGCAAGCUACAGCCUGGAUCACUGCCUCAAGUCCUGGCCCAAGCUACAGAGAUGCUGUACAUGAGACUGGACACCAUGCACACCACCUGCAUCGAUCGGUUAAUCAACUGGUUCGCACAUCAUCUAAGCAACUUUCAGUUCCGCUGGAGCUGGGAUGACUGGGCGGAUUGCUUGACUGUGGAUAUUGAUAAGCCCAAACCCAAGUUUGUGAAAGAGGUGCUUGAGAAGUGCAUGAGGCUGUCGUACCACCAGCGGAUAGUGGACAUUGUCCCUCCCAGUUUCUCUGCUCUAAUUCCAGCUGAUCCACUUUUCCAGUACAAAUAUGGAGAAGACACCAGCAGUUCCUUGCCUGGAUACCCUGUAUCGAUCACCGUUGGCAACGCCAUCAAGAACAGGGCAUCAAAUGAUGAAAUCAUCACCGUCUUGAAGGAUGUGCCCAACCCCAACCAGGAGGAUGACGAUGAUGAGGGUGAGAGCUUCAACCCUCUGAAGAUUGAGGUGUUCCUGCAGACGCUUCUCCAUCUGGCUGCCAAGUCCUUCAGUCACUCAUUCAGUGCACUCGCCAAAUUCCAUGAAGUGCUGAAGGCCAUAUCAGAUUGUGAUGAGGGGAAACUUCACGUCCUUAAAGUGGUCUACCAGGUGUGGAAGAACCACCCACAGAUGAUAGCAGUGCUGGUGGAUAAGAUGGUGCGCACUCAGAUUGUGGACUGUGCUGCCGUAGCCAACUGGGUCUUCUCUCAGGACAUGGCCCAUGACUUCACACGGUUCUACAUGUGGGAGAUUCUCCACUCAACCAUGAGGAAGAUGAAUAAGCAUGUCCAGAAGGUCCAAAAGGAGCUGGAGGAGGCCAAAGACAAGCUGGAAAAACAACAACACAAGAAGAAGGACAGUGGGGACGAGGAGGAAAUGGACAAGUUGAGUGGGGACGAGGACAUGCAGCUGGAGGAGCAGAUCGAGCGUCUGCAGGAGAAGGUGGAGUCGGCGCAGAGCGAACAGAAGAACCUCUUCCUCGUCAUCUUUCAGAGGUUUAUAAUGAUGCUGACUGAGCACCUGGUCCGCUGUGAGACUGGAGGCAUCGACUUCAACACCAGCUGGUAUAAGAUCUGCAUUGAGAGACUGCAGCAGGUCUUCCUCAUGCAUCACAGCACCAUCCAGCAGUACGUGGGGACGUUGGAGCAUCUGCUGUUCACGGCCGAGCUGGACCCCCACAUCCUGGCUGUCUACCAGCAGUUCUGCGCCCUCCAGCUCUGAAACACACACACACACUCUAUACCACAUGCUCAGAGUGUGUAUUUUGGGGGGGGUGACUUUUUGUCAGAUCAAAUGUGUGUGAAAGGAGGAGUUUGUAGUGGUGUGUGUUGUAAGAAUGAUUGUGUGUUUGUAACCGCUCAGUAUGGGAGUGUGUGUGUCUGUGACAGAGGCGGACUUGUCAGAGUUGGGCUGUAUGUGUGAGCAUGUGUUUUUAGCUACAGUAUAACUGCACUGGUUGAGAAUGUCCAGUGUUAUUUUUCUUUUUGCUUGUUUUUAAUGUUUUUUUUUUUCUUUCUUUUUUUUUUUCAGUUGCUUGUAGUUUUGUGAUCCAUAGCUGUGUUCCAGCAGGAGGGUGGGGUCGGGGUUGAACGGUUGUGUAUGUCCACUCAGGUGGAAUCUGUGUGAGCCUCAAGACCCUGCUGAAAUACACGUCUUCCUCUUUUUA